AUGACUCCCCCAAACUGCUCUGUCCACAGCGACGCGACAGAGGUAUCGGUGGCCAUCCUGCUGGUGGUGGAGUUCGGGUUGGGCUUGUUGGGCAAUGCCAUUGCCCUGUGGGCAUUCUUCUUCCGCCUCAAGGUCUGGAAGCCUCACACAGUCUACCUGUUCAACCUGGUCAUUGCUGACCUCCUGCUGACCAUCUGCCUGCCCUUCCGCAUUGCCUUCUACCUGAGACACAAGGUGUGGAGCUUUGGGCACAGGUCCUGUCAGUCCCUGCUCUUCCUGUUGUCCCUCAGCCGUGGGGUCGGGGUGGCUUUCUUGACUGCGGUAGCCUUGGACCGCUACUGCCGGGUGGUCCACCCUCGGCUCAAGGUCAACCUCGUUUCGCCUCAGUGGGCCCGGGUCAUCUCAGGCUGUGUCUGGCUUCUGAUGAUGACCCUCACACACCAAAGUUUGUUCAUCUCCAAGGCAGCGGGGAACACCACAGAAUGCCGCAGCUUCGACCCCUCCGAGGAGUUCUCUUUGCGCAUCAUUUGGCAGGAGGCACUCUUCUUCCUCCAGUUUGUCCUCCCCUUUGGCCUUAUUUUGUUCUGCAAUGUUGGGAUCAUCAAGACACUCCAGAAAAUUCUUCGGGACCCCGAGAAGCAGCCGAAGCUGCGGAGAGCAAAGGCCUUGGUCACUGCAGUAGUGGUCCUCUUUGGACUGUGCUUCUCACCCAGCUUCGUAGCCAGGAUCUUGAUGGACGUCUUCCGGAGGUCAGAAAGCUGCAGGAUGCGGAGGAUGGUGGAAAACACCUUGGACGUAGCCAGCAGCCUCAGCUACCUCAACAGCGUCCUCAACCCCAUUAUCUACUGCUUCUCCAACCCAACCUUCCGCUACUCCUACAAGAAGGUCUUCAACACUCUCCGAGGCAGACGACAAGAAGUGGAGCCUCCGGACUGUGACCCCAAUGACUCCUAUUCCUGA